AUGCCGUCCAAGGACCCCGAAUCCGGUGACGUCCAGGAGGCACUCGCCUUCUACAAGUCGCAGAUCCACACGCUCGAGUCGGAGCUAGCCGACUUCCAAGCGUCGUCGCGGGAGCUCGAGCAGGAGCUCGAAAAGGAGCUCGAGGCGAGCGAGAAGCAGCACCGGGACCUGCGGAACAAGAAUGAGGCGUUGCGGUACGAAGUUGAAGAGUGGAAGAGCAAGUACAAGCAAUCCAAAGCCGAAGCCAACUCGGCCCAGAACCUUCUCCAGAAGGAGAUCACCACGCUGCGCGAGCAGAACCGGGCCAUCCAGCUCAAGCUGCGCGACAUCGAGGUCACCAACGACGACUUUGAGCGGCAGGAGCGCAUCGUAAAGUCCUCGCUCGAGGACCUCGAGCAAAAGUACAACAUGGGCAUCGAGCGCGGGGUCAUGCUCGAGGAGGAGAUCCGGCUGGGCGAGCAGGAGCGCGAGGGGCUACGCAUCGAGGUGCAGCGCCUGAGGGACGAGAUAUCAGACAUGAAGGUCGAGCAGGACAUCACGGUGGAGAAGCUCAACAACACGCUCGCCGUGGCGGCGCGGUACGGAAACGGCAGCCUGCAUCAUGUGCCCCCGCCGAGCCUGCAGUCCCCCAUGUCCGAGACAUCGUCAUCCGUCACCUCGCAUUCGCCCACCACGCCCACAACGGCAUCCGCAAUGUCCACGUCGACGCCGCAGUCGGACCACUCGCCGACCCCGCCGUCGCCACCAAUGUCUGAGAUCUCGACCACGACCUCCAACGCUAACGACCCCUCGCUCACGCCCCGGCCCCGCCACUUCCCCAAGUCCCGCCAGAACCGCGGGCCGUCGUUCAGCACCGCCAUCAACACCGCCAUCCCACUGCCGCCCUCACGAUCACUACACCAGAUCCGCGGCCUCAUCGGUCAGAUGCAGCGUCUAGAGCAGCGGGUGCACCACGCCCGCAGCAAACUUCCCGGCCCCGUCAACAACACCCCUCCCAAAGCCCAAACCCCCCGCAACUCCGGCUCCUUCAUCCCAACCGCCGGCACCGGCAUCAUCCUCCGCUCGCCCAAGAAGCACCGCUCACCCUCCACCACAUCAUCCGCCACCUCCGGCAGCGACACAUUCACCCGCCCCACACGCAUCUCCUACACCAAGCCCGACCGCCCCGCCUCCCGCGCCGCCGAGCGACCAGCCAGCCGCGCAGCCCUCGACCGCCCCGGCAGCAGAAUGGAACGACCAGGCGGAGGGCGAAACGGAAUGAUCGAGCGUCCGGCCAGCAGGGCGUCAAAUGCAUCCGCAACCACCUGCUCGUCCACGGGCCUGUCAGUCCCCGAGCGACCGCCGCACCGCCCCGCCAGCCGCAACUCUGCGCCGCCCCCGACCCGCGCAGCAACAAUGGGCCUGGGCACCCACGCCGAGUUCGGCAUGGCAGCGUUCGGGAACCGGAGGGAUCGCGCGAGUAUAGAUAGCUAUGCAGCCACUAACCACCACCACAACACCAAUAACAGCAACAACAGCAAUGGUAAUAAGAGCACAGAGCUCCCGCACAUCACGCCGGCGGCACGGAGGAACACGGUGGGGAAGGACCUGAGCUUGAAUCUGGGGCUGGGCACGAGCGCGAUUCCGAAGCCGGCGAGCGGGCUGCCGAGGAGGAACUUUGGCGCGAGGAGGAUCAGCAGUAGUACGGAUGGGAGUGACGAUGCGAUGCGGUAUGGUGGCCAUGGGGUGUUUGGUGCUGGGGGAGCGACGGCGACGGGAGGAGUGGGUGGUGGUGGGGUAGGGGUUAGGAGGAAGAAGUUGACUGGGGUGGGGGAAACUUAUUGA